AUGCCAUCUUUUUUGUACUUCCAAUCGAUAACAAACUAUAAAAUGUGCAUGCCUGCUACUUGUAACACUUGUGAUAAAACCACUUGGAAAGGAUGUGGUCUUCAUGUCCCUUAUGCCAUGGACUCAAUACCAAAAAGUCAAUGGUGUACUUGCAAAUCUGCCGAUGGCUCACUCUCAGAAUAUCCUCCAAAAUUGGGUACAGGUAUCGCUGGUUGA